AUGGCCGAAUGCACCAUGUCACGCGAGCAGCGCGACGCGCUAGACACAAGGGUCAGGCACAUGCUCGACCUAUGCGUGCGCCUGAAAGAGUUGAUCGGCACGUAUGAAACGGACGACGAGGGCUACUUCCUCCUCGACGAGCGCGGUGAUGUGAAACGCGCGGACGCCGCGGAUGAUUCGACCGUGACGACUUCGGCGGCGGCCGGAGUCCGCGGCGCGGGGUCCAGCGUCGCCGUCGAGGCGCUGCGACUGGUGCUUCAGCACGUCUGUCAUGCUGACCACGUGGCGCUCUCGGCUCGGCCCGACGCGCCGGCCACGUGUUUUGCGGUGCGCUACUGGGAACGGUCGAUGGAGGUCGCUGACGGCCACGGUGACUGCGGUCCCGCGCUCACAUCCGAGGCCGCGGCGCUGAAGCUCUGUCGUAGGGAAGCGCACAGAAUGGACCGAAUGUGCGGCGUCGGAUACGGCGCUACACAGCUAGGAGCAGCGGACAGCUGGUUGUGGCGCGUCCAGGCUGAGCUCGGUACGAUCGUCUUUAAAGUUGUCGAGCUAGAGGUGCACGGCGGCACCAUCGAGGACGUCGUGUCAUACAUGGACUUGCGGACGCUCGCCGCGCUGCGCGUCGUCGUCGGCCCGGACGAAUCGAUCGGCAAGCUAUUUAAUGCGGUCGUGACGCUGCGCGAGACGAAGACGCCCCGCGUGCUGCACGCUGUCGUCCACAGUACUGAUAUAGGGUUCAAUAUCGCACGUGUCUUCAAGGGCGCGACCGACGCCGCGCGCUCUAUUUCCCUUGACUGUCGCACCGAACGGCCUUACCCGAUGGACGUGCUCCGCCUUGCUGCUGCGGCCAAAAGCGCAUAUAAUGAAGUGGAGGCACAACUGUUCAAAGGAUGCGUUGUUGGACCCGCGCGCCGCUCAAGCAAAGAUUAUCAGCAUCGCCUGCAGAUGAAAAAGGACAUCCGCCGCAGCUUGCCCUUCUCCUUCGACGUCCCGCUUUUCAAGCUUUUGGACAGCGUGCCCUUCGACGCCACGUGCUUCCUGAAACGCCCCGACGGCGCGUACGACGAGGACGACGAGGACUACGUCGACGAAGACGCCUUCGUCGCCGUCCGCCCGCUAGAUCUCGUUGCCGAAGUGAGGGCUACCUCCAACUGGGGCAGCUCGCUCGCGGACGGUGUUGGUACGCUGGAAUAUCCCAAAACACGAGUGGUGUGCAGUCGUGCCGCGCGGUGA